AUGGAAAUUAUAAAGUUGUUGCAUAUAACAUUUUUAUCAUUUUUUUUAUUAACCCUUUUAGGUAUAUGGGUUUACAAAACAUUAUUUAUAUAUAAAAAAGAGGAAAAGAAAAAAAAUAAAGACGAAAAAGAAGAAAAAGAAAAAAAGGAAAAGAAGGAACAAUCCAACAUUUUUAAUAACAAGGAAGGAGAAAUAUAUUGUGAUGACGAAAAGUGUUAUUUAAUAAAUAAGUCAAAUAAAAAUAUUUUAUUAAAAAAAAGAGAUAAUAAAGAAAUACAAGAAAAUAUAAGUGUUAUGGACACAAUGAGCAGUAAUGAUAUGAAUAAUAAAAUGGAAAAUAUAAUAAAUGAUGAUCAUAUAAAUAGUCAUCAUAAAAACGUGAAAGAAAAUGAAUCAGUAAAUUAUGUAAAAUAUGUAAAUGAUGUAAAAUAUGUAAAUAAUUUAGAAGAUUUAAAUAAUUUGGAAGAUUUAAAUAAUUUAGAAGAUGAACUUAAAAAUAAUAAUAAACAUGAUAGUGUUCAAAUAUUAAAAGAUAAUCAAAAUGAUAAUAAUAAUUUUAUAUCUAACAAUGAUAAAUAUAAUUCAAGGGGUAACAUAAAAAGAGAGAAUACUCUGCUUGAUGAUAAUACUCAUGAAAAUAAAUCAGAAACAGAAAACGAAAAUACAGAUAAAAAACUUAAUAACAAAAUGAAUGAUAGUACGUUAGAGAGUAUUUUUGAUAUAAAAGGAGAAGAUAUUAAAUAUAAACAUCAUAUUGAUAAUAAAGAUAAUGUAACGACUAAUAUAAAAGAAGAAGAUAUUAAAUGUAAACAACAUAUUGAUAAUAAAGAUAAUGUAACUUAUGAGGAAAAAAAUAAUGAUUCAAAUGAAUGCAUAAAUAAAACACAAAAUGUAUAUCCUGUUGAAGAACAUACAAUUAAUGAAGUAGAAAAAAAUAAAAAAGAUGUCGACUCCACAAAUAAAACAAAAUAUCCUAGUAACAGAAAUUAUUAUAGUGAUAAUUAUAUUAAUUACGACACAGAUGAAAAUUCGAAUAUAAGCUCAUCGAAAGAAAAUGAUAAUUCAGAUGAGUAUAGUUCAUAUAAUAAUGAUUCCUUAUAUAAUACUGAUAACAGUGAAGUAGAAAAAAUGUCUUCCUCUAUGGAUGAGGAUGAACUAGAUGAAUAUGAUGAUGAUGAUGAAGAUGAAGAGGAAGAAGAAGAAGAAGAUAGUGAUGAAGAUAAAUACAACGAUACAUAUAAUAAUAAUAGUAAUAAUAACGAUGAUAAUUAUUUUGAGGGAGAAAAUAAAAGACAUAUGAAUGAUGAUAUCUUAAAUAAAAGUGUUGAAGAAAUAAAAGAUAUAGGAAAUAAUUAUUUCAAAAAUAAUGAUUAUUUAAAUGCUAUAUAUUAUUAUAAUAAAGCAUUAAAAAAAUGUAAAGACAAAAAUAUAAAAAGUAUAUUAUAUUCCAAUAGAGCUGCAUGUAAUAUUUUUUUAAAAAAAUGGAAUAGUGUUAUAGAAGAUUGUAAUAAAUCUAUACAUUUAAAUGAUAACUUUGCAAAGUCUUAUAUAAGAAGAAGUAAUGCAUAUGAACAGUUACAAAAAUAUAAUGAUGCUUCAAAUGAUUUAAAUAAAGCAUUAACCAUCGAUCCUAAUUUAUUAAAAAAUUAUCAAGUCAAACAAAGAAAAUUGAAAGAAUUAGCUGAACAACAAUUAAAUAAAGAAAAAGAAGAAAUGGUAGGAAAAUUAAAAGAUUUUGGAAACUUAUUAUUAGGAAAAGUAGGAUUAUCUCUAGAUAAUUUUGAAGUACAAAAAAAUCCAAACAAUGAUGGAUCCUUUAAUAUACAAUUUAAGCAAAAUAAAUAA